UCAGACGACAGCCAAUCAGCAACAAGGUGUGUCCUGUCCCUUUAAACUGAGCAGUAGAGAGCGGUGUGCAGUGACCAGAGCGGCAGGAGGAGAGAGAUGAGGAGCGGAGCCCUGUAUGCACCAUGCCGGCCGGCUUUCACCUGCUCCUGGCCGCCCUGUUCCUCCUCACCCUUCUAGGGCAGCCUGUCGUCUCCUAUUUUGGGCUAACUAGCAAGGAGUCACUAAUACACUACACAUCACCUUCAUCUGUAACUACCAGCAACCACAACCGGCCACACCUCAAACAGUGUGAUCUGCUGCCCCUCACUCGGAAGCAGAAGAGAUUGUGUCGGAAGGAACCAGGUUUGGCAGAAGCACUUAAGGAAGCCGUUCGGCUGGGCAUUGUGGAAUGCCAAUACCAGCUGCGUGGUGACCGUUGGAACUGCAGUCUACAGGGAAGGGGAAGUCUCUUGAAAAGAGGAUUUAAAGAGACAGCAUUCCUGUAUUCAGUGUCUUCUGCUGCUUUGACUCACUCACUGGCAAAGGCUUGCAGUGGAGGUAAAAUGGAGCGCUGCACAUGUGAUGAUUCCCCAGGGCUAGAGAGCCAGCGGGCAUGGCAGUGGGGGGUCUGUGGAGAUAACCUUCGCCAUAGCACCCGGUUUAUUCAGAACUUCCUGGGCCAAAGAAAGGGAGGAAGAGACAUGAGAGCCAAGGUGGAUCUCCAUAACACCAAUGCUGGGAUUAAGGCUGUAAAAAGUGGGCUAAAGACCACAUGUAAGUGUCAUGGAGUGUCUGGUUCGUGUGCAGUUCGCACCUGUUGGAAACAACUUUCCCCUUUCCAUGAGACUGGAGCCAUGCUCAAAGCAAAGUACGACAAUGCAGUCAAAGUCCUGGGAGCCACCAAUGAGGCAGUGGGAGGCCACGAGUCUUUAGGACAUUCCUUUGCUGGCCGGUCUCCUCGAUCUACUGACUUGGUCUACUUAGAGGAUUCUCCCAGUUUCUGUCGUGCCAGUCGUUUUUCACCUGGUACUGCGGGGAGAGUGUGUUCUCGGGAGACCACCUGUGACAGCCUGUGUUGUGGAAGAGGGUACAACACCCAGAGUCGUAUGGUCACCUUUUCUUGCCAUUGUCAGGUACAUUGGUGCUGCCAUGUGGAGUGUCAGAAAUGUGUACAGCAACAAGACACAUAUACCUGCAAACAGUGACAUUACACUGGAGAAGACAACACCAUAGACUGGAAUGAGUCAGUGUAUUCUCCCCAGUCAGACUAGACAUCUUUUCUAUAUACCAACCACUGACAAAAUGUUUGGAUCCAUGGACCAUGUUUUGUACUGGAAGGACUCCAUGUACUAUACUGACACUAUGAUCAGUGGGUUAUAGACCAACCCGUGCCAUAUAAUGCUUUCAUAUAUGUCCCACAAUAACCACUAUUUGAUGAAUGCACCAACAGAUUACUGAUAUACUGUAGUGUAAUAAAGAAAAACAAAAAACUGGUAAAUCUACAUGGAUACCAGCCGAAAGGAAGAUGUUGCUUUUAAAAGUUAUAUUAUAUUGCAAACUAGGAAUUCUGUACACAAUUAUGGCUUUCAUACAUUGUAUACAUUCAUUCAGCACUAGACUAGUUUGGGCAUAGUCACAUAGUAGACUAUACUUUACUCUUUGUAUAUACUCUGCAAAGUGACACAAAGAAGAGUGGCAUGAAUUUCCCUGUGUGUGACAUACUACUGAUGCAAAGUAUUUUAGUAUAUGCAGUAAAUAUUAAAGUGCAAGAGGUGGGUCUGUCACGUUAGAGGUCUAUAAAGGGUUAAUGCUGUAUAGUUAGCACGAUUAAUCACAUAUAUCUGUAUUCCAAAGGGUUGUCCAAACUUCUUAAAAUUAAGGCACUUUGCGAUCAACUGAUCACCAAAGGUCAGGUUUCUCUAACCAGCUAUUAUUGUGCUGGGAAGCAUUGUGCAAAUACAUGGGCCAUCAUGUAAAUACCUGGCCGUCUCAAGUCCAUUAG